GAUCCUAUCAACACUCUCAAAGAUGGCGGAGGUUACGACAAUGGUGAUCAAAGUUGACCUGAAAUGCUGCAAGUGCUACAAGAAAGUCAAGAAAAUACUGUGUAAAAUCCCACAAAUAAAAGAUCAAGUUUACGAUGAGAAGCAAAACACAGUUACGAUAAAAGUGGCGUGUUGCUACAGCCCUGAAAAAAUAUUGCAAAAGAUCCGCUGCAAGGGCGGUAAGUCAAUCCUAAGUAUAGAAAUCAAACCGCCGCCUAAGAAGCAAGAAGAGCCUAAGAAGCCACAAGAGAAACCGAAGGAACCAACGAAACCACAUCCGUGUGGGGGACCGUGUGAACAGUUGUUUGUGGGAGACCUCCAUGUUCUGGAAGGCCAGUUUGUGAUAGUUGGGUUAGUAAUUGUGGUUGCAACAGGGGUUAUUAUUGCAGGAAUCGUUGUGGUUAUUAAAAUUAUUGUGAAGAACCUUGCUCGAUUAUGUAAUCACAUUAUGCUUCAUCGAUGCAUAUGGUCAUCCAUCAAUCUUCUAGUUUGAUUUUCUUUCUUGAUGGUUUGUUAAUUAGGUGGAAUAUAUAAGUUUUUUGUGGGUGUGGGCUUGUGUCUUUCUCAUCUUUAAUAAGUUUUUGUGGGUGUGGGUGUGAGCGUGUGUCUUUCUCUUCUUUGAUAAGUUUUUGUGAGGGUGGAAAUAUUGUAAUUCAAUAGUUUCUUGUCGGCUUCCUUUUUCUCCCAGUUUCUUAUCCCUUAUCUUCCUAUAGGAAAAUUGUGUUUUUCUACACAAGGAACAUGUAGGAAAAUAUCAGCACGAUCGAUGCAAGA